AUGAUAUAUAUUUAAUUCCUUUUACUUGUUGUGAAUGCAAUUAUGCCUAUGCCUAAUUAAAUAAUAUAUGGUUAUUAUACAGUAAGAAUUUCAAACAUUUGCUAAAUCAAAUUUUUUUCUUAAUAAGAAUUUCCAAAUCACAUUAUAUAACUAUUACUUCAUUAUCAUUAAUUAAUAACAUAUGAUGAGGAUUGUGAUUUUGAAGAGUCCAUUUAGAAUAUAAAUAUAAAAGUUGAUGGAGCAUUGAAAUUUGAGAUUAGUUUAGAAAGCAAUGAGCAAUUAUAUUGGGUUAAAACAACAAAAGAAGAAGCUUAUGAAUUAAAUAUAGAUGAGAAUUUAAAUGUAAGGAUUAAGACAUCAAAUCAUUGGGGUUUAGCAAGAGCUCUUGAUACUGUAAAUCAAUUAACCAUAAAUAAUUAAAUUGAGAAUGUAAACUACAUAAUUAUUAUUUUAGUUACCUAUUUAUAUAAAUGAUGAACCUUAGUAUAUUCAUAGAGGAGUAAUGAUAGACACAGCCAGAAAUUUUUUACCUGUAAAAUUAAUAAAGAGAACUAUUGAUGCUUUAGUUAUUAAUAAAUUGAAUGUUUUACAUUGGCAUAUUACAGAUGAUGAAAGUUUUCCACUUUUAUUAACUAAUUAUAGUUAAAUAACAAAUAAUUCUAAAUUUUGGAAAGAUGGGUAUUUUACAAAGGAAGAUAUUUAAGAUAUUAUAGAAUAUGCUUCAAUAAGAGGAGUAUAAAUCAUUCCUGAAAUAGACACACCUGCACAUAUUUAUUCUUGGGGAAGAUCAUUUGAAUUAACAUAAAUUAUAAUUGCAUGUGAUUCUGAUAUAUAAUAAUAUGGAUAAUUAGAUCCAACUUUAGAUUUUACAUAUGAAGUCUUAAAAUCUGUAAUGCAAGAUUUGAAUGAUAUGUUUGCUAAAGUAUAAUUUAUUCAUUUUGGUGGUAAUGAAGCUAGUAUAUCAUGUUUUGAAUAAAAACCAUCAAUUAAAGAAUUUAUGGAUUAAAAUGGAAUAAAAAACUAUUUUGAUCUUUAAGUUUAUUAUAUUGGAGUAUUUAAAUUAUUUAAUAAAUUAACUUUUUAAUAAAUAACAUAUUUUAUUAAACAUUUAUUUCUCUAUAGAAAAAGAUAAAAAGACAUUUGGAAAAAUUAAAUUAAAUCAUAAAAGAAAAUCAUUUAUUGGUAUAAUAAAUAACAUUAACUUCCUGCAGAUCAAGAGGAUAUUAUAUAAUGGUGUGGUUAAUCAAAUGAACUUUAAGAUAUAAAACUGAAAACAAAUCCAAUUAUUUUAAGUGAUUAUGAUUUAUUAUCAUUGGAUAUUGGUAUUGGAGAUUCUUUUGGAGAUCCAGAUGAUUUUUAUUAGAGUUGGAAAGAUGUUUAUAGCUGGGUUCCAAAAUUAGCAGAGGAUUUUAAUGGACAACUUUUAGGAGCUGAAGCCCUUUUAUGGGGAUAUACAAAUACUAGAAAUACACAUUUCUAAAAAUUAUUCUUAAGGUCCUCAAUUUUAGGGGAUAUGUAUUUAAAUCUUUAAUUAAAAUAGAUUAUGGAAUUCAAAUUCAAAAACAUCAGAAUAAUUUUGGUAAUUUACAUAAAGAUUAAGUGAAAUGGAAGAUAGAAUGAACAAAUACAGAUUUCCUGUAUCACCAUUUACUAGUGGUUAUUGUAAAAGUUAAACUUAAGUUUGUUUUCCAUAUUUUUAUAUAAUCUAAUAAAAUUAAACUGGGAAAACUUGA